CUUGAAGGCAGCACCAGGCCUGCCGUCGCAGUUGCCUGAGGAGCUCCCCGGAACCGUCAAACAGCUUGCGUGCCACCGGCUGCAAUGUCGGCAGCGGACAGGUGUCCGUCCAAAUGAGCGACCCCGCGUGAGAGAGAGUGGCUGCUUCAUUUAAUAGCUCCUAACAGCUUUAAAAACAACAUGGCAGACCUGUGGAGUUAUCGAUCGUGCUGCGGUUCUUCACCACCCAACUACAGCAACAAGACGCACUUCUGCUGAUACGCGAGUCCCCGCAGCGGCUCGCCUGUCGGUCUGUUUCUGUCUUACAAAAGCGUCCACGUUUUGUCUAAGUACCAUUUGUUGUUGGGGUUAUCUGAGCUCACACUUGAGUCGGAAACAGCGGCGGCAACAUCCCGAGGAGGAGCAUCCCCCUGGUGUUUAUUAGAGGAGUGGACGCACCACAAGCCAGGGACUCGACUCUGAGACAGACAAGAGCAAACAUGUUCGAGACCAGAGGAAUCCCCUUUGUCCUGCUCGACCUAGCCUGUCUAAUUCUGGGAGGUCUGCCUCUGGCAGCCUUCAACCUGGGUAAGAUCCGCCCUUACCAGAGGGGCUUUUUCUGUAACGAUGACAGCAUCAAGUACCCUUUCCACCACAGCACAAUCACCUCCACAGUCCUCUACACUGUGGGCUUCAGCCUGCCCAUUAGCUGCAUGAUCUUUGGCGAGUGCCUUUUAGUUUAUCUAAAUCGCAUCAAAUCCAAGUCGUCUUUCGGCAGCUACCUUGCCUGUGUUUACAAAGCCAUCGGUACCUUCCUCUUCGGUGCCGCGAUGAGCCAGUCUCUGACCGACAUAGCCAAGUAUUCCAUUGGUCGGCUCAGGCCACACUUCCUGGAUGUUUGCAAACCUGAUUGGACAAAGAUCAACUGUUCAUUAGGGGAUUAUAUCGAAGACUUCAAGUGCAGUGGAGACCCGACGAUGGUCAACGAGGGCAGGCUAUCCUUCUACUCCGGCCACUCCUCUUUCUCCAUGUACUGCAUGCUGUUCCUGGCUCUGUAUCUGCAGGCUCGACUCCAGGUUGAAUGGGCGAGGCUGCUCAGACCCACGAUCCAGUUUUUCCUGAUUGCUGCCUCAGUGUUCACAGGACUGUCGAGAGUGUCCGAUUAUAAACAUCACUGGAGUGAUGUGCUGACUGGACUCCUGCAGGGGGCCCUUAUGGCUAUCCUGGUGGUCUUCUUCGUGUCCGACUUUUUCAAGCCACGUGUGGAUUCUCAUAAAGACGUGGACAUGCGCCACACAACCCUGCAGGAGACCCCAACAAAUGGAAACCACUUUGAAAGUCCAAACUAAGCUAAGCGAAAGGUGGAGGUAGCGGAGGAUACCUCUGCCCUGUCCAAACGCACACCCAGGAUCCCAGCUCUCUAGCCUUUUAUCUCACGCAAAUUCUCAUCAGAUCCUCCGCAUGGAUUUACAGUGUGGAGUACUUGAUUCUUAACUUCAAGUAAGCUAGUGGAUGACUGUGCAUCCCAGAAGAAACUUUUUGAAGCUACACCUCAGGCCUGUUCAGAUUUUAAGACUUAAGAAUUUUAGGCAAUUUUGCUGUGUUGUCCACUGAUUUUCCAUCAAAGGAAAGUGGUGAGACAACCUGUCUAACCCUUGUACAUAUGCUAAAAUGACUGAAACCAAUGUAGGUUAGAGGCUAGAGAUUCUGUAAGGACGGGAACCAUCUAUCUACUGAGCUGGUGGGAAGACUUACCUGCAUGCACUCACUAAAGGGUCUGACCACUGCUGGGAGAGAGCAAGAGAGAGGAGGGUUGGAAACCUGUGAAUGUAACCCUGCUUUGUGCUUUUCCUGAUCUGGAGUUAGUCUGCUCCAAUAUCUGAUUUAGGGUCAGUUUUAGAGCAACCCCAGCUCCCAGAACGACAGUGAGUCUCACAACUUUGCUGCCUUAGCUCCAGUGUUAAACAAAGGGCUAAUUAUAAGAGGAACGUUUGUUUCUUAAGGCGAGAACAUGCUGGAGGUUUAAGCUGAUCCUAGAUCAGAGGGCAGCACCGCUGCACAUCUGGAGCUGCUAACUCUAGGCCACUGCCACUGACGUCUAAUGCUCCAACUGUCUAACCUCAUAUAGUCAAGGAGGAAGCUCGACUUGUAUCAUGUUUGGUUAGAGGGUUGAAGAGUCGAUGGUCAGGUUUAAGUCCCGUGUUGCCUUUGCUGGACUGCUACUGCUGCUAUCACAGCUUCCUGUGUAUCUAAGAACUAAUAGAAAUAUCAAGUGAAUAGACAACAAUGUACUUUUGUAUAAUCUGUAUGUAAAACAAAUCACCAUACAGACUUUUAUUGAAAAAAAAAAAUGUUACAAAUAUGUACAAAUGUCUAAAAUAAGAAAAAAAAAGGAAAAAUAAAGCCAUUUUACUUAUUAACAUGAACACAAAUGAAACCUAAGUGUUGGAUGUAUUAUGUCAUGAGCCAUCAUAUAAGAUUAAAGCAUGACUUGUUUUCUCUCUCA